AUGGCCUUCACACAUGUGAAUGUAUCCAAGCAGCGACUCGUUUUGGUCCAGGGCAAUAAUUGUGCUAACCCACCUGAAGAAUGCUCCCCUGCACACGACAAAAUUCAGGAUAAAAAAUCUUCACCAUUGAGGUGCCUCAGACGUCGGAUGGUGUUCGACGCAGGCAACACAACGUCCGUCUUUACUUCAACACGAUGCGUGAAAAGCGUUGUUGGUGAUACAACUGGCGGAUUGGUUUCUUCAAAAGUGGCUGAUAUUCCAUACGAAGCCAGAGUGAGCCCUGGCUACAGGGUUGGUGAAGUGUACCUGUCAGCAGAAAGUCGAAAGGUCCCAGUAGUUUUACCAAAAGACAAGGCCAGGCGUAGAGAGCACGCAACAGGGCGACAAGGCCGUAUUUACCGGAGGGUUCUGCACUCCGGAGCUGAAUAUGAAGUCAAUUUGGAGACAAUUAACGCUUACAGCUCACGAUCAGCUAAUAAUUUUCAAUGCUUUUUGUCGGGAUAUGUGAAAUUUUAG